AUGUCAUCAGAAUCGUCAAAUGCGAUUCGGCGGAUCGGCAAAUCUAUUUGGAGGAAACACAAACAUCGGCGACGAAUUGAAAUUGUAAACUUUUAUCGAGGAACAAGGGAUGAAAUUGAUGGUGCCCCAGUCCAAUCCAUAGACUUUCUCAUCAAAUUUGCCUCCGGAUCGGUGACCCAACGUGCAGGCAAAAAGGCUGCAAAGUCUUCCAAGGAAAAGACUCCAAUGGUCUUGAGAAGGCCAGUGAUUUGCAUCUGUAAUGACAUAUAUGUACCUGCACUUAGGGCCUUGAGGCAAUGCGCUUUUGUGGUCACUUUUCCGCCGACGGAAAAUUCACGACUUGCAGAAAGGUUGCUGGAAAUUUCGAAAGCCCAAAAUUUAAAAACAGAUCUCGGUGCCUUGCUGGUCUUGGCCGAUAAAACAAAUUGUGACGUCAGAUCUUGUUUAUCAGCACUUCAAUUCUUCAGUGGUCGUAAGAAGCAACUUCGCAUAAUGGAUGUCUACAAGAGCAACAUUGGACAAAAAGAUAUGCAAAAGGGCAUGUUUGCAGUUUGGAAAGAUAUUUUCCAGAUCAGACGUCCAACAAGAGGCCUAACGGACAAUUCUAAUAAAAAUAAUGUUAUGAAUGAAAAUGAGGAACCUGAUAACGAAAUGAGCUUCAAUGCAAGCCAGGCUGCUGAUAUGAGUGCAGCAACGAGGAUGAAAUAUGUCCUGGACACUAUGUAUUCCGUUGGAGAUUAUGAAAGAUCAAUGCAAGGUGUCUACGAAAACUAUCUAUCGAUGCGCCAACCAGAUCCUGAUAUGAUUGGAGUGUGCGAUGCAACCAAAUGGUUUUGUUUUUGUGACCAGGUUCUUCAUGUUGUGAAUACGACGCAGAAUUAUUCUACUUAUGGUUAUUUGCCAUAUGCGUUUGCAGCUUGGCAUUUGCAGUUUGCUUCGUUGGCCUGGCAGAAAGUGCAGUUUCCUAAUAAAGGAUUCGAGGUUCAACAAAAGCGAGCUACAGCCUUAGGAGUCUUAGAAGCCUUAAGAAGUGGUUGUCAAACUACUGGACGUACUGCUGUUGUCUCCAGAAAGCAGUUGGUUCUUGAUGUUCUUGGUAUUUUGAAAAGGAUUUUGAGCCCUAGUUUGAGGAACGUAUCUUUGCAACUACUGACACCAAGUGAACGUUUAGACCUCAGACAUGCUGUCAACGUGAUGGCCGAUUUGGGCUUAGCCUAUUCCCAAGGCAGAUCAGCUGAUGGAACUUACCAUUACCAACUGGAACCAGAUAUAGAUUUGGUUGGACUGUUUCCGGAUGUUCCCCAGCCUCAAACUUUGUCCUAUUGGGCGCAGCAGCUGAUCGCUCGAGAAGUCGAUGUCGAGAAAAUUAGAAGAUCAGCUCCAAAAGUGACAAGUAAAACGUCCAAGGACAAGGAAAAUGAUGAUAAUGUUGCCAAAAAGGCAGCAAGUGUCGAGAAAAGUGUUCUAGGUGCUCCUAAAAUUGCUCCAAAUACGAAUUUGCCAAACCAUUUACAAACGUUGCAACCGAAGGCUGCCAAUUUUGGACUGCCGAAGAAGAAUCUGGUGACAAAAGAUUUCUUUGGAAGGAUUAUUUCAAAUACUACGUCAGGACCAACUAAUGCCUCGUCCUCCGCCUCUGCCUUCAUCAGCCCCCGGUCUAGUCGACGACUUCAUCAAAAGUUCCGUCUUUUUCCGAUACAAAGAGGGAUGCAAUGACGCGGUCAGGAGAAA